GUGGAUCAAAGGUUCGGGCAGUUGGCCACCUAUUCCAAGCAGAAAGCCUCAAUGAUCCAGGCGCACCUUGCCUCGGCUCCGCCAGCGGCAUCAGUUUCGGAGGAGGCGGCUGCGGGUACUGAGGCUGCUUCAGUCCAAGCAGAAGGCGCAGAUCCCCGCCAUCCAGUCGAGGAUCAGGCGCAAGCCUCUGCAGUGCCAGCACCACAG